UUAGUGAGGAAACACCAGACGACGGCAGGCAGAGCACUAAGAGUAGACGACGAUGACGGCGGCGCCCGCCGCACGUUGUGGUGAUCGCCUUUCCCUUCGCCUCCCACGCGAUGAAGCUGUUCCGCCUAGCGCGCACCCUAGCGGCGGCGGCGCCGGCGGCGACCUUCCCCUUCCUCUCCACCGCCGGUUCCCUCGCGCAGCUGCUACAGGGGCAGGAGCAGGACGCGCUCGAGGUCGAGGGUAACCUACGCUUCGUGGAGGUCGCGGACGGUUUGUCAGGUGGCGCCGGGGAGGUGACGACGACGCCGCCGCACCCUAUGAUGCGUCUGAACCUCUUCUUGGCGGCCGCUGAGGCUGGCAGCGUCAGGGAGGCGCUGGAGACGGCUUGCGCCUCCGCGGGCGGCGCCAGGGUGACCUGCGUGGUCGGGGACGCGUUCGCGUGGAUGGCCGCCGAGGCGGCGGCGCCAUGGGUUCCGGUCUGGACGGGCGGUCCCAGCGCUCUCCUUGCGCACCUCCGCGGUGAAGCUCUGCGCGAUGACAUCGGCGACCAAGCCGCGAGCCGAGGUGAUGAGCUGCUCACCUCCCACCCGGGCCUCGCCAGCUACCGCGUCCGGGACCUCCCCGACGGCUUGCUCUCCGGCAGCAUGGACUUGCCACCAAUCGUCGCCUUGUUCCGUCGCAUAGCCGAGCGCCUUCCCCGCGCCGCCACUGCCGUCAUCUUGAACACCUUCCCGGGUCUCCUCCCGGAGGACGUCACGGCCGCUCUCGCCGCGGAGAUCCCGGAGUGCCUCGCCGUCGGCCCCUUCCACCUUCUCCCAGUCCCCGGCGAUGAUGGCGUCGACGGCACGACCGACCCCUACGGAUGCCUCGCCUGGCUGGACCGCCACCCCGCCCGCGCCGUCGCGUACGCCAGCUUCGGCACGGUCGUGACCGCCGUGGCAGGAGGGCCGGAGGAGCUGCGCGAGCUAGCGGCAGGGAUGGAGGCGACCGGCGCGCCGUUCCUCUGGUCACUGCCGGAGGAGCACUGGGCGCACCUCCCGCCGGGGUUCUUGGACGUUGAGCGCGCCAAGGUGAAGGUGGUGCCGUGGGCGCCACAGGCGGCCGUGCUGCGGCACGCGUCGGUGGGCGCCUUCGUGACGCACGCCGGGUGGGCGUCGGUGCUGGAGGGCGUGUGCGGCGGCGUGCCCAUGGCGUGCCGUCCCUUCUUCAGCGACCAGAGGAUGAACGCGCGGCUGGUGGCGCACGUCUGGUGCUUCGGCAUGGUCUUUGAGGAGCCCAUGACGCGCGGGGCCGUGACGGCGGCGGUGUCGUCGCUGCUCGCUGGUGAUCAUGGGGCCAGGAUGAGAGAGGUGCGGGGUAUAGCUGCCAAUGCGUUCGCGCCACACGGCGGCGGCAGGGAGAACUUGGAUAAGCUUGUCAAGAUUGUCUGCCCACAACUGUGAUGUCUCAAGUCUCGGGUCAUGUCACCAUAUCCUUCCUAUAUGCAUGGUGGAGUGGAGUACUACACUUUUAGCCUACUUUGAUUGAUUGAUUGAUUGGAGAAGGAGAAGGAGAAGGAGAA